GUAGGUGUAGAUUUAUCACUGCAGAGAUGGAGAUAGUGAAGAUGGAGAUGAGGAGGAGAGUUGUGAUGAUGCUGUUCUGCACACUGAUCUUCUUCACUGCAGUUCAGUCUGAAAGUUCCUCCAGAUCCUCCUCAUCCUCAUCCUCACCCUCCCACAACCUCACAGCAGAUCAGAGGAGCUCCAUCACCCCCAACACCUCCUCCACCUCCUCCACCAGCUCCACCCCUCCGCGUAGACCCGCGCCCCUCCCCAUGUGCAGCGCCCCCACCAGGCUGAGGGACCUCUUUAAAUACAUCAACACCUUCGUGUCCUGCUUCGUCUUCCUGUUCGGGAUGGUGGGAAACGUGACGUUACUCAGGAUUAUAAAGAAACACAAGUGCAUGAGGAGCGGCCCCAACAUCCUGAUCGCCAGCCUCGCUCUGGGGGACAUCGUCCACAUCCUCAUCGAUAUUCCCGUCAACGUCUAUAAGCUGCUGGCGGUUGAUUGGCCGUUUGGACUCGUGGUCUGUAAACUCGUCCCGUUCGUCCAGAAAACGUCGGUGGGAAUCACGGUUCUGAGUUUGUGCGCUCUGAGUGUCGACAGGUACCGGGUGGUUGUAUCGAGGAGUGUAAUCAGAACUCUGGGGAAGCCGCAGUGGACUCUCUGUAAGCUGUGUGUGAUCUGGGCGGGGUCGGUGCUGCUGGCGGUUCCGGAGGUCGUGGGGUUUGAUCUGAUUAUGAUGGACUAUAAAGGAGAGCAGCUCAGAAUCUGCCUGCUGCACCCACUGCAGACCUCAACCUUUAUGCAGUUCUAUAAAGCCGUGAAGGACUGGUGGCUCUUCGGGUUUUAUUUCCUCAUGCCUCUGAUCUGCACUGCAGUCUUCUAUGGUCGUAUGAGCUGGGAGAUGUUGAGGGGGGAUGUGGAGCGCUCUGAGAUGACCUAUCACCUGAAACAGAGGUGGGAAGCAGCCCGAGCCGUGUUCUGUCUGGUUCUGGCGUUCGCUAUCUGCUGGUUUCCUCUGCACCUGAGUCGGAUUCUGAAACUGACCAUCUACGAUGAGGAAGACCCCGGCAGGUGUGAUCUGCUCAGCGCCUUCCUUGUUCUCGACUACAUUGGGAUAAACAUGGCCUCGCUGAACUCCUGCGUUAAUCCCAUGGCUCUGUAUGCGGUCAGCCAGAGGUUCCAGAAACACUUCCAGGAAUCCCUGUGCUGCUGGCGUUCUUCUGCUACUCAGGAAGUCCCGGAUGAGACACAUAAGUUCUUGAGGUCAAAGGUCACAGAGCAGAACUCAGACAGCUCCUCCAGAGCUGAGCGCUCAUCUAAAGACUGCAGUGCAGGUGAGAGAGCCCUGCUCACAGCCUGCUUAUGCCUUCAGUCCUGAGGAACCCUCUCCUGUAAGAC